CCUUGGGUUAUCAGGUAAAUACCUCUGCACCCAUAUAUAAGAUUUUUUGCUGCUGAGCAUUCUGACACACUUUCUGCUGAGGAGAAACUAUCUGCCUGUCACUAUGAACAAGCUACUGGCUAUCACAGUGCUCAUUGUUGUCCUUGCUCUGGAAGCGGAGAGCUUCCGUAUGCCCAGACAGGCUGAGGAGGAAAAGGGAACCAUUGCCAGUGUGGUGGACACCCUGAAGUUCUAUUAUGACAUGAGUGUUGACACUGCCAGUGGUUAUGUAGAGACCAUCAAGGACUAUAAACUGGAAGAGAAAGCAAAGUUACAUUACAGAGCGAUGAAAAGCAGACUUCAUACUGUACCAGGAAGCACUGUUCACAGACAGUUACACAAACCAGGCACCCCUUCCCUAGCCAGUGAUGGACACCAUUCAAAAGACCCCACACACUGCAUCUUUUCUACCGCUUUGUUUUUUCAUUCAUCAUUCUCUUUCAGUUUAUAAUCACUCUUCUAUUCAGUCUUUCGUUAUAAACUGAAGCACAUUAGCAACAGUUUUCAGAUUUAACAUUGCUGAGAGUGCUGAUAACAAUUCAUGUAUGGUGCAUAUUUGAAGCAGUUUAAAUGAUCUUUUCUUUCUAUUUUUCUUUUCCAUCUCAACUAUGUGAAUGUCUAAAUAUAGCCCUUAAACAAUCUACUAUAUGCAAGUAAGUGCAUUUUAUCCCAAUUUACAAUUCCCUCUCCAUCUGUUCUCCAUCUCUUAAUUCCCUUAAAUCAUCGGCAAGAUAGUAUUCAGAUUUAUUCUCUCAUCUAAAUUUACAUGUGCCUCAUUUUGGAUGUUUGUUUACAACAUUUUAAAUUGUUACAAAAUUCACUAAAAACUUAGUCUGGAUUCUGUACCCUACUUCUGCAUGCCAGAUGGACCAUUUGCCACUCUCACUGUUUAUUGAGUGGUGGUGUAAAUGUAAACUUCAUGCAACCCCUCCCUCCUCUGUCACUGUUUCCUUGGACUGCUAAGUGAGUUCUAAAUCUGUGUUUAAGGGUUUCAUUGACGGGCUUUUAAUACUGACUGAGUGAUCUAAAGUCUUCCACAGCCCACCAUAUUGAUCCAAAAGUGUGUUUGGAUAUAAGGACACCUGUGUUUCAUAAUAACAGCAGUUAUUUAGGCUCAAAGUUUACCAACAUAAUAAUAUGUUCGGUGAUAAGUGGAUAAUGCAUCAGAAAGCUUGUUUGUUUUUGGUACCAGUGAGCUAUAAACAGCCUGACUUUAUUAUAGCUCCAAAAAUGCACACAAAUCACAAAAUGCAUGAGUAAUCUAAUGGAAAAUUGGAGCUCACCUCUGGAUAGAGUGGAAUUUUAAACUGUACUCAGUCGUGCUGCUUUUGCAUUCAAUUGUUUUUUGCAUGUAGAGGGCCCAGAGAGAUCAAACGCUGUUCUCAAUUUAGCAUUAAUGUAGCUGAAGAGGACCUGUAUCAAAGAGAGUAUCUCCACAUCUGAAAUGUUUUUUACUGACCACUGUGUUGUCAGCACUCCAUCUCCUUCUGCCAAGAAUACAUAUUUAUCUUUCACCUAACAAGCACCAUUUUAGCCACAUGCCAACAGCAGCAGAUAAUGUUGGUAGCUUUGCACUCUGUGAGUACAAAUAAAAUCUGCAUCCAUACUCUUUUA